AUGAGCCCCUUUCGAUUGGUAUAUGGCAAAGCUUGCCACUUACCGGUGGAGGUAAAGCAUAAAGCGUAUUGGGCCAUCAAGGAGUGCAACUCAAGUUUGGGAAAGGCCGGAAUUGAUAGGAAGCUAAAAUUAGUGGAAUUGGAGUGUUUGAUGUUAGAAGCCUAUGAGAACUCUAGACUUUACAAGGAGAAGAUGAAAGCCGUGCAUGACAAGAACAUAAGAGGAAGAGAAUUUGGAGCCGGCGACCUAGUCAUUCUCUACAAUUCAAGAUUAAGAUUUUUGCCCGGAAAACUAAGGUCAAGAUGGGAAGGACCCUAUCGGGUAGAGAAGGCAGAACCUUACGGAGUCUAUCAUUUGCGCCAACCAUCAAGUUCCGACAUCUUCAAGGUUAAUGGGCAUCGGCUAAAGUUGUAUCAUGGUAAAAAGUUGACAAGAAACAAGGAGCUUGAGAUAUUCCUUUUGGAAGAUGCACCUCAUGACAAAGAGAAUUGA